AUGCAGGUGGAGAGAGAAAUAGCUAUUCUCAAACUAAUAGAGCACCCUCACGUUCUGAAGCUGCAUGAUGUCUAUGAGAAUAACAAAUACCUGUACCUGGUGCUGGAGCAUGUGUCCGGUGGAGAGUUAUUUGACUACCUGGUGAAGAAGGGCAGGCUGACCCCCAAAGAGGCCAGGAAAUUCUUCAGACAAAUCAUCUCCGCCCUUGACUUCUGCCACAGUCACUCCAUAUGUCACAGAGACCUGAAGCCGGAGAAUCUUCUCCUGGAUGAGAAGAAUAACAUCAGGAUAGCAGACUUUGGCAUGGCCUCACUACAAGUCGGGGACAGCCUGUUGGAAACCAGCUGUGGAUCCCCUCAUUAUGCUUGCCCAGAGGUCAUAAGGGGGGAGAAGUACGAUGGUCGCAGGGCAGAUGUUUGGAGCUGUGGAGUCAUCCUCUUUGCCCUCCUCGUGGGUGCCUUGCCCUUCGACCACGACAACCUGCGGCAGCUUCUAGAGAAGGUGAAGAGCGGGGUAUUCCACAUGCCCCACUUCAUUCCUCCUGACUGCCAAGCUCUGCUGAAAGGAAUGAUAGAAGUCAACGCUGACAAGAGACUGACGCUUGAAGCAAUACAGAAACACGCCUGGUACCAGAGUGGUCGUAAUGAGCCUUGCCCAGAGCAGCCGCCCCCUCGCCGGGUGUGUGUGAAGAGGAUCCUGUCCUUAACAGAGCUGGACCCUGAUGUCCUGGAAAGCAUGUACUCCUUAGGGUGCUUUAGAGACCGGGUCAAACUCACACAGGACCUUACAAGUGAGGAGGAAAACCAAGAGAAGAUGAUCUAUUACCUCCUGUUGGACAGGAAGGAGCGAUACCCCAGCUGUGAAGACGAGGAUCUGCCACCCAGAAAUGACAUAGACCCACCCAGGAAGCGCGUGGACUCACCCAUGCUGACGCGUCAUGGCCGCUGUCGUCCGGAGAGGAAGAGCCUGGAGGUCCUCAGUGUCACAGAACAGGGGUCUCCCACCCCACCUCGCAGGGCCCUGGACACUAAUGCACACAGCCAGAGGUCUCGUUCAGUCAGCGGAGCAUCCACAGGUUUGUCCUCCAGUCCUCUCAGCAGUCCCAGGGUCACGCCACAGGGCUCACCGCUGCCCACCCCGCUGGGCACACCUGUGCACCAAAUCCAACACCCUUCCUCCACCACCCCUCCCUCCUCUUCCUCCUCUGGCGGUCUGGCCGCCUCGAGCUCCGCCCACUGGAGAACAAGGCUCAACUCGUUCAAAAACAACCUUCUGGGCUCGCCGCGCUUCCAUCGUCGCAAACUGCAAGUCCCCACAUCAGAGGACAUGUCCAGUUUGACUCCAGAGUCCAGUCCAGAACUGGCUAAGAGGUCCUGGUUCGGUAACUUCAUCAGCCUGGAGAAAGAGGAGCAGAUCUUUGUUUUGAUUCGAGACAAGCCGCUGAGCUCUAUCAAGGCCGACAUCGUGCACGCCUUUCUCUCUAUCCCAUCCCUCAGCCACAGUGUGGUGUCUCAGAACAGUUUCCGGGCAGAGUACAAGUCCUCCGGCGGCCCCUCUGUCUUCCAGAAGCCUGUCAAGUUCCAAGUGGACAUUGCCUUUUCUGAGGGAGACAGGGAGCGAGAGAGGGAACGAGCAGAGAGGGAAGGAAGAAGAGAGAUGGGCAUCUACAGCGUCACCUUCACUCUAAUAACAGGUCCCAGUCGCAGAUUCAAGAGAGUGGUGGAAACCAUUCAGGCUCAGCUCCUGAGUACUCAUGAUCAGCCUUCUGUGCAGGCACUGGCUGAUGAGAAGAAUGGCCAGCUCUCCCGGCAGCCCAGCACUCCAUCGCGUCAGAAUUCCCGGCGUUCCGAGAGCGGAUGCGAGCGGGACCGCGGAGAGAAGGAGCGCACGGCAGACGGGGGAAGCGGAAGCGGGAGCAGCAGCGGGACCGUCUUACAAAGGCGAGGAUCGGGGAAAGACAAGACCAGACUCCUCUCGUCGUCCAACGGGACGCAGUCUCAUCCCUGAGAAGAAUGUUGUGGAAGAGAGGCGAGGGUCAUCUGCCUGGCCUUUUUCUCUUCCUCCCCUCAGUCCUUCCCACAUUCUUUCCUUCCUUAUUCCUUAUUUCCUGCCUUGCUUCCUACCAUUAUUCCAAAGUAAUGGGAUGUAGAAGGGGGAUGUUUUCCCUUGAAGCUGAUCUAGGGUUAUGACGGAGAACAUCCCACAAAUUGCUGAUUUUAGCAGAAAUGUAUACUUACAGGGGUGGCAGAGGGAGUUUGAGCUGAUCUCCAGUCAGCCUUCAAGAGCAGCUUCACACCAGAGGGGCAAGUCCAAAGACAGCAUGUCCAAAAAGUCCCAACUUACCAGAGAAAUACAGGAAAAACUCACAGCCAUGGAAACAGAGUUCACCUUCUCCGACGAAUCAAGAAAGCACAUGUCCUUCUCACCGACCAAUCACAUGCAACACAUGGUUCAAAUCCAACAGCAAACCGCCCACCAGUCACAACGCCACAGGAAGAUCCCGGCCAGCAACAAAGCCCCUUCAGCCAUUCUCUUUUAUCAUUUUCUGACCAGCCAGCUGUCACCUGAGUCAUCAAGUCUCCUCAACACCACCUGACCGGACAUGAUGAGUCACAUGACAGGAAGCCCGCUCGCCUCUCGUCCCCUCGCUCUCCAUCUGAAGACAGAUGUGUAUUCUCAAGCAGAGCGACAAAAUGAGGUUGUCUUUUGAGAAAGUUACAGGAGUCAAUUUAGACCUGAUUGUUCAAGUGGAUAUUAUGUCUAAAUAAUUAGCAAACUUAAGGCUGUCAAGGAGUCUCAGAGCAGAGGAAAAAACUGAGAAACGAUGGAGAAUGGAUCAGAAUAAGAUAGACAAGACACCACUUUUCCUUGAGUGUAUGAGCAGCAUUAAGUCCCACAAUUACUUCUGAUAAAGCUAUGAUACCGUAUUGCCUUUAACGGAGGAGAAAACAGUGGAUAGUUUAGAUUAAGCCCCAUUUUGAGGACACUAGUCACACCACAGGUAGAAUGUCUCACAAGUGAAGAUUCCCACAAGAAGACGGGGGGAUGAAUAGAUAGACGGAGAGCAAACAGAGGAUAGCUAGCAACAGGUAUCCCUUUGGUAGCAAAGGAAGGACAAAAAACAACUACAAAUACUAGCCAAAAACUUAAGAUAGCUUAAAGACAACAGUGAAACAAUAGGUGAGGAUUUGUUUCCUGGUCUAUCUCAGCAUUCGUACGCCUUAUGUACAUUGAAAAAGCUAUUGUUUGCUGUAUUUUCCUGUUGUACGUUCUGGCUGUGAAGCUUCCAUGUGUGAAUCCACUGCAGAUGAUAGGGGACAUUUGUUUAGCCGAAGCUAAUAUGAGGCCUCUGCACUCUGAGUUAGCCUAAAUAGCUAGCCAUGGCAGGCCUGUUGAAAUGCCGUACAUGGGGCUGUAGCAGGCGAGAUACUCUGCUUUUUUCUGUGUUCGUAGCACAAUUAGCCUAUCAUGUAAACAGCGUAUUUAAGACCCGUUAAAAGGUUCUCAAAUUAAAAUGAGUCAGUCUGAGUUUUCUACCACUAAUGAAAAAUUAGCUCAAUUAGCUAGCUAACUAGCUAAAGCUGAUUUUGACGGUUGACUGUGAGUCAGCAGCUUGAAAACAAUAAGCCUGCUUUGGUCUACUUAGUAGAAAGGUUAUUUUUAGUAGUUCUUUUUAGCAAGUGGCAGAUAGUGUUACUGUUGAAAAAUCCUGAUAUAACUGACUCAGAUUAGAUCUAGAAAGCUCGUUUGCUGCUUAUACUCAAUACAAUGCAAACGUGGCACAAGCCGACACAAGACAGAGAUACACAUUUCAUUUGGCUAACUUGGACUGCUUAGUCCUCAGUUUAGCCUCAGCUGACCAUCAGAAUGCAUUUUGUCUCCUAUCUCUAAUAAUGGAGUCACUUUAGGAGGGGAUCACUUCAUGGCCAGUGUGAAGAAGAGGUAUGAUUACAGCGACCAGUGGCUCCUUCAAUUCACUGUACACAUGUGCAUGUAUGUGUUGUCAAAAGGCGCGAAAAAAGUCCAAAUCUAUCCAAACAGAGAAGAGAAGUCCAUGAAGCUACUGUAACUGAAGAUGGAUGAUGUGGACUAGAAAAAACAAGGCUGGUCAAACAGGACAACCGAGCGUUUGAGCUUCUUAGACCCACAAUUAGGCAACUGAAACCCUUCCUACGUUCCUUGCCGAAUGAUGCAGGGCGACUCAAAGCCCCAGCAAAAGCCUCAGCCUCAGAGAUGGGGGGAGGACGUGAACAAGAAAUGUACUUUUCACAAGAAGGAAAACAAGAAAGCGAGAUAGAAAAAGGACUCGGGUGUGUCUGUCGUCGUAAAAACUCUGCACACGUACUGCCUGGAGGGGGGUAAGGAAAAAUGAAGCCACACAUAAAGAAUGAAGUUUUGCUUGUUUUCUCUUUUCUUUCCGUAUGUUCUUUUUUAAACUGUCGUCUGGUCUUUGUGUGUGUUUUUUUUUAAUGUUUACGUGUUUGCCACCAGCAAAAUAGAGGGCGGCGCUAACCAUGUGAAUGUCAAAGACUUCUCUGAAAUUGUUGCAAGAGUGUUCACAUAUUUUUGUUCCAUAUGUUUAUUGAAAAUGUAUUUAUUUAUCUAUUUAUUUAUUUAUUCGCCAUGUAUUUGUUGCAAUUGUGAUUUUUUUUUUUUUUUUUGAAAAGCAGGAAAUGGUUGAAGACAGGGAAAUGUCACUUUCAAGAUGUCUGACACUGCAGAACAAACCAGCUUUCCCUGAACUGAACUGAAACUGAACAACUCCUCUCCCUUUUUCUUUAACAUUAUGACAAUUGAUGCUGCAAAAAUACCUUCCAUCUUUAUAUUGUGUUUUUAGCUGCUGGAAUUUUACAUAAUUAGUUGAAAGACGCCUGUGUGUAUGUAAGACACACACACACACACACAGACCUUUCAAAUUAGAAGUCUUUUUUAGUCAGGCUAAUGUCGUGGCUCUAGAGAUAGCAGUGGUUUAAAGGUUGAUCCACCACUGGGACAACUACUGGAUGGAUUGCCAUGAAUCUUUACAGACAUUCAUGGUCCCCAGAAAAUGAAUACUAAUGACUCUGGUGAUCCUCUGACUUUUCCUCUAGCGCCACCAGCAGGUCAGAGCUUUCAUUUAUCCAGUGAAAUAUCUCAAAAUCUACCACUUGUUUUGGCACCUAGGGUUGGACAGAAAUUCGUGAUGUAUACGCUCCUUCUGAUCCCUCAUCAGCCAUCAUCAGGUCCAAAUUUGUCCGAUUGUUUGGUUUGUGAAGAAUUACCUGAAAAACUGGCGUUUCUUCUAGCUGCAGCUGCACUUUAUGCUCAGAGCUAACUUGCACUUGUUAGCAUGCUAACAAAACUAAGAGAGCAGACAGGACCUGCUAAAAAUCAGCAUGUUAGCGUUGUCUGUGUGAGCAUGUUAGCAUGCUAACAUUAGCAUUCAACUCAAAGCACACCUAAGCACAGCCUCACAGAGCAGCUAGCAUGGCUGGAAACUCGUAGUCUCGUGCUGAAUAAUUCAUGAACAGUGACUGCAAACACAAAUGCGUUUUUUUGUCAUAUUCAUUCCCUGUGAAACACUGUUUAUUCAUGCAAACCCACACUCUGCUGAAACCAUUAAACAUUCCUAAUUGACUUUCUAUAGUCUCUUCACACACUGUGCACACUUAACUGAAAUAGCUGAACAAGAACGGAAAGAAAGAACAUUCAUUUACAUUUUCAUCAGCCCUUUUUUAGUCUUUCACAAAUUUCUGAGUAGCUGGAAAAUGCCGUUAGCAAUUGUACUUAAACAUCCUAGAAUCUGUUUACACAAGAUUAGGAUCCAAGUGCAAACAACUUCAUCAGAAUAUCCUGUUUGAUGAGUGUGUCAUAGCCACAAGGGAUGUUGUGGAAUAGUUUCAGAAAGCUUUGCCUGUUGCCUGCCUGUUUUUCUGGACAGUUUUGCAGUUGUGGCACAGCACUCAGUCUUCACUGGUGUAACAUUAGAUAAAAAUGGGCUUUAUUCCCCCUCUCAUGCAAUCAGAGGUUUUCUUUUCCCGCCCUGGCGCUCUAAGUGGGCCUCUUAGAAUCCAGCAGUGAGGUGACACAUCUGAGAGGUCAAAGGCCGAGGAGGUUUAAAGUAACAGUCUCACAUGCACGAACAAGUGUUAUGUCAGUCUUUUUUUUUUUUUUAAACACGAGGUCAGGGUCAAGUUCACCUUCCGUCCAUUUUUAAACAGAAAGGAGCUAGUUAAAGGAUAGUAAUGGGCAGAGCAAAGACAGACAGAAAGGCAAAAGAGGCUGCUCCAGACUGUGCUCCACUCUGAGCAAACUACACCAAAAUCCAUUCACAGACACAACGGGACCCUUGGCACGUUUGUGGCUGGGAGGCUCUGGUGUUCGCGAAACUCUCCUAUUGAAAAAACUCUCACCCCUCCCUCCCUCAUUCCUCCUUUACUCCCCCCCCAUUCACCCAUUCACUUCACAUUUUCUACACCCCCCAUUCCACCUCUUUGUAUCUCUUGAAUCUGCUCCACGCCCGUCCUUGUCCCAGCUGCACAUAUCUCACCCCUUAUAUAAUCGCCCCUCCCCCCGCCCUUGUAUACAUUUUAUACACUGUAUACUUCAAAGCAGAUGCUGUAUACAUUUGUAUACACUGUAUGCCUGUCUCUGUCUCCAUUGUAUGCCAUCCAUAUCUAUGUAGCGUUCACUAUCUUUUAUCGACACUGUAGUCACCGUACAUCUCUUCUUCUCAUCAUUAUGGCCCAUUCCUAUUCUGCAGUUAGAGUUGUACGACUAUAACCUCUUGUCUCCCUCUCAUAUUCCCCUCCACUCCCACCCUGCCCAGCCACACCCCACCCAUGACUACCCCCUCACCCCCCAUCUUGUGAACCUCCACACCACACAGUAGAAAAAGUUUUUUUUUUCACUCUGGAGGAAUUCGUGAUGUCAGAAAAAACCCGAAAGAGGAGGAGGUGUGUGGGGGAGGGUGGGUCGAGAAAACUGCUAAAACGAUUAAUGAUGAUGAUGACAACGACGAAGAGAAAUGUCUGUAGUAUAAUUACAAAAAAGGAAAAGUGCACUAUUAUGACAAUGAUUAUUAUUGCCUGUGAGAAAUACUGACCA